AUGACCAUUCCAGUUGACUGUUCUUCACCGCCCGCUUCACACUCGAAAAAAAACCGGGCAGCAACGAAAAUAAUGUCGUCGCCGUCGCCGACUACAACAACCAAAUCAAAAGGUAACAAGACGUCGUCGACGACGACAAAUGGAAAGAAACCGAAACUAUCGGAAAGAGAUUUGAAUAUUAGAUUGACGAAGAUAUUUACAAAAAUUGGGUGUUUGGAAAUCGCUUCAGAGGGUAUCAGAGAACUAUAUGAUCUACUUCUCGAGCACCCAGAAUAUGAAGUAAAAAUCAAUUCCUUUCUAUCGAGUGCUGGCACUUUUUUCUACAACUAUAUUCGUGAUGCACUGGCGGAUAUCACGACAAGUGAAAUGCAAAAAUGUGGUUUGUUACCGAAAGAAGAUUCAGCACCGCCAUCACCAACACCAGCACCACAAAAGGAUCAAGAGCAACUACAAAGCAAUAAUAAGGCAGUUGCGUUUGAAUCAAAACACGAACCAAUAGAACCUUUAAAUCUAUCGAAAACGGAAAAUAUCAACAACAAUAAAAAUAUUGCUUCGUCACCUCCAUUAUCACCAAUGACAAAAGCAUUCACGCAAAAAUAUUCUCGAGAGACAUUCGAACAAACACGAUCACGCUUACACGCAAUAUUUCAAUAUGAAAAAUAUAAGGUUGGUCAACGACGUUCUAGCCUUCCCACUCGUGAUAAACUAACAAACGACGCUGAGCGUCUGGAAUUCGUAAAAAGUAUCAUAUUGUCAUCUAUGCGGCGACCUUCCUCAUGGUCACAUAGUACACCCAGCCUAUUACAAUCGACGACAUCGUCGUCAAAAAUAUAA